UGCUGCGCAAAGGCAAAGCUCCCACCGCGCGCUGCCCGGAGCUGCCUCGCCGCGCUGCGCUCUCUCCGGGGCGGGGGCGGCAGUUCCGCUCCACAGGCAGAAACGAAACCGGUCGGGGAGAGGAUCUCUCCUCCUCGUCGGGGAAGUUGCGAAAGCGGCAGGCAGCGGGGACAGGAAAGGGAAAGCUGCCGCCGCCGCCGCCAGGCGAGAUCACCCGAGCCCGCCCGGCCAUGGCGCAGGUCGGCGCCGGUGCCACUCCCGCCUGCGCGUCGUCGUCGUCCUCCUCCUCCUCGUCGCCGUCGGAAGACGAGGUGCCGCUGGUGGCGCUGAACUACACGGCGCGGCGCCGGCUGGGGCUCUUCCUCAACCCGCGGGCUCCGGUGGCCUCCGACUGGACGUCGCUGGCCGAGGAGCUGGGCUACGAGUACCUGGAGAUCAAGAACUUCGAGGGCAAGCCGGACCCCACCGGCCGCCUCCUCGAGGACUGGGAGAGGCGAUGCUCCCCCGAGGCCCCCGCCACCGUCGGCCGCCUUCGCCAGGUGCUCCGCCUCCUGGGGCGCCACGACAUCCUGACCGAUCUGGGGCCUGCCAUCGAAAACGACUGUAAGAAGUACCUGCAGAGAAAGCAGCAGCAGCAGGCCGAGCAGCCUCUUCAAGUCCCCGCAGUGGAUAGCAGCAUUCCUAGGUCCUCCGAAACGCAGGGCAUCACCACCCGGGACGAUCCCCUUGGGCAAGUGCCGGAGAUGUUUGAUGCCUUCAUCUGCUACUGCCAGGAGGACUUCCACUUUGUGCAGGAGAUGAUCCAGGAGCUGGAACAGACGGAAUACAAGCUGAAGCUCUGCGUGUUUGAGCGGGAUGUGUUGCCAGGGUCAUGCGUGUGGACCAUCACUAGCGAACUCAUAGAGAAGCGGUGCAAGAAAAUGGUGGUGGUGGUUUCAGAUGACUACUUGAACAGCGAUGAAUGUGAUUUUCAGACCAAGUUUGCCCUCAGCCUCUCCCCAGGAGCCCGCAUGAAGCGCCUCAUUCCAGUCAAGUGCAGACCCAUGAAGAAGGAGUUCCCAAGCAUCUUGAGGUUCAUUACCCUUUGUGACUACACCAACUCCUCUACCAAAAAAUGGUUCUGGGUGCGAUUGGCCAAGUCCCUCUUGCACCCAUGAUGCAAAGCUGCAGGGCAACCUGCCUCUGAUGGGCUGCCUGGACUGAGCCCUCAGGAAGGGCUGCGUAGGCUUCUCCUCGCCUUCCUCAAGCAAGCGGUUAACUCAGGUUAAACCCGACCUGGCUGAGUCCCUGAAAGAACUGCCUGCCACAAAACUCAGCCAGUUUUAAAACUGAGACCCAGACCAAAGGGGGCCAAGCGGAGACCCUUCGGCUGUUGUUGGACAAGUCCUAUCACCCCCCACCACAAUUUAUUGCGGUGGGAGAUGAAGUUGUUGAACAAUUGGAAAGCCUGUGCUUGGCACCCCCUUGAUCUAGAAAGGAAUAACCACUGCAGCUGCUUCUGGAAUAUUUGUCUGGUUUCCGUAGCCCUGUUUCAGCUGGUAUCCUCCUUGUGAAACAGACAGACCAAGAAAAACUUGUUUGAGCGAGGGAAUGUUUUCAACAGUCACUGCACGGAAAACAUCCUUUACAUUUUGCAAGCUGCUGGAUGCCUUUGGCUUCUUAUGUUUCAAGACAAGAGCACUCGUUACUGGCAAAAGCCAGCCUUAUCCUGUUUCCAGCAGCAGAGAGUUCCAUCUGCCUCCAAGCAGGGAUGGGCCAUUGGACUAGCAGGGUUCAGACCCAGACUCCAAGCUAGGCACUGCCAACAUGCAGCUCCUGUAAGAAGGAGGGUGCCUCCGUGGCUGUCUGGAUCCCUUGGCCAAUGGAACUGUGACUUUCCAAGCACUCGUGAAACUUCAUGACCUGCUGUUUGCCUUAGAAGAGCACUUAUCUAAAUGGGAGGCAGGCCUUUGGGGCCAUAAGUGGUUGGCAAGAGAUGUACCCUGUGUCUUGAUUGGGCCAAGCGGCUGCCAAUUCACUCUGUCCCCCUCCCAGUCAGUGCAGAGCAGGCCUCUGUGACUCUGCCUCGCCUUACUACACAGAUUCCCAGCCUUGGGGUCCCCAGAUAUUGUUGGGCUAGAUUACCAGGGUGUAGUGGAGGUGGGGGGGGGGAUUCACAAAGGUGCUUCUCUGGCAGUUGCGGUGGACACGGUCAGGGCGGCUGUCAUGGAGAGCGCCUGCACUUCUGAAUUUGCAACUACAACUCCCAUCGUCCCCAGCCUCAAUGGCUGAAGGCUGAUGGGGGAGUGGGAGGGGGUGUGUGGACAUCUGGGACCCACGUUAAUAUAGCGAGCCCCUGCCUUAAUAUAGAAUGGCCAGUGCUUGGAGGAUGAGUGUCGACAGCCUCCAACUUCCACUGCCCUGCAGGGGUCCUGCUUCCCAAGGCAUCCCUUCCGAAGAGAGCUGGGAUUCUCCACUCUUGCUUCCCUGGUCUACCUUUGAUCUACCUGCCUCCAGGCUGUGGAUAGGAGUGAACCCAGCAAAGCAAACAUUAUUGGUUUGUUCUACUGGGUCUGUUGCAUUCUUGGCAUAGCAGGACGCAGCCAGGCCUUAAUCUGAGAAAGCCCUUUCUAAGGGUAAGCCUAUGAUCCACAGCACAGGGUGCGAAUAAAGUGCCACCAGUUUGUUUGUUUUUUGUAUGACACUUCUGGUUUGUAAUCCCCAUAGGAAUGCAGAGGGACUGGUCCUUGUCUAAUACAACCGUUGCCCCCAGAUUACCAAUACACCAGUCCUUGCCUCUGCAGCACCCACCGUGAUCCAGAACCCCCCUGUGCUGCUCCUUAAAAUUCUGCUCACCCUGGCUGUUGCUGAGAUUUGCAGCGUGCUUUGACUGCUGCUGAGAGGUGCAGAUGGUUCAGUUCACAAGUGAUGCCCAAACACAGACUCCUCCUCUUUCCACCCAUCUCUCUCUCCACUUCAUCCAUCACUUUUGGUGUUCCAGCAAACCAGAGUUUGCCGUGACGUCUAGAAUGGCAAACGGUGGUUUGCCAUUGCUGUGUCUGCCAGGGCUUGAUCCUGGUUUGCUAGCCUGCUUUGUGAACCAGAUUUGUGGGCAAGCACAAACACUUGUUUGCCCAUCUGGAUGUUGCACCAAGCUGGUUUGCUGCAAAUAAAAAAACCCCCCAAGGAAGUAAUCAAUUUCUAGUAAGGUGCAAGAGGAGGAGGGAGACAGAGGAGUGAGCACAGGAUUUCUCCUGUAGGGUCAUCCUAUGGUUUGAUAUUUCUUGUGAACCAACCCCCGGACUCUUCAAUGUAUCCUGGCAAUGUUACUUAGACACAGCCUUCUCACCCUUCUGCAACAGGAUGCAUUUCUCCAGGCAUCUUAGUUAAUAGUACCUAAAUAUUCCAGUCCUUCAUGAAGUUAUCAGUUCUGCAGUGUGUUUAAGUUACACAAAUUACCCACUUUUGUGUAUCUCUCAGACGAGGUGGUAUUGGGGAACCCCUAAGAAUACAUGUGAGAAGUAACAGCUUUCUUAUUUCCAAGGAACUUCCAUGAAAGCAUUAGAACACUAUUCCAAAAUAAUUCUCUAGAAUGGUAUCUUGAACUCUAUGAGGGUCUUGAUUCUCAAAACAUUUCCAUUUUCAGGAACCAUUAUUGACAAUAACUUAAAAGCAAUAAUUACAUCUUCAGGUAGUAGAACUCUUGUUUACAUGGACAAUCCAGAGAUAAUCCAGAUUGUUCUUUAUUAUUUGGAUUGACCCGCCUGUCCCUGAGUUUGUUUACAUUAGCUGGAUUUGGCAGGGUAUUUUAACCAAACUGUCUUGCUCACCCUUUCAGGUCACUCUCUGGGUUCUACCUACUUGCUGUCAGUUCUGAACUCCACCCAGCUCAGGUAGAUGAAACUCACUCUUUAUAGGAUCACCAAAAAUAAAACUGGGAGUGGGGGUUGGUAUUUGAAUUACUUGGGAGCUUUCUUUUUCACUUUUAGCAGAAGUAAAUCCAAGAGCAGGGAGUCCCAGCCUUGAGUCCCCAGAUGUUGCUAGAUGGCAGCUCCGACCCUAGCUACAGUGGCUGAAGGCCAUGGGAGUUCUUGUCCAACCACAUCUGCGGACUCAAGCAUUAGAAAGAUGAUGGCCAAAGGAUGGCACAACCCUAGGUUAUUGUGUAGCUCUUGAGUCAUAUGUGGCAUUAAAGGUCCCUGCUUAUACAAUUUUUUCCAUCUGUGUUCCAAUGAAAGGCUCUACUUUUUUAAAAAGAAAGAAAGCCAAGCUCUUAAAAAAGAAAGAAAGAAAGAAAUCCAAGCUCUUGAAAAAAUAAGUGUUUUAAAACUGAGCUACAGAAGAAUUUCUAGACUGUGUUUGAAAUACUGGAAGCAAUAACGUAGGACACAAUGGACAAGUUCAGAUGAUGAUGAUAGAUUAACUAACUAACUAACUUUAUUUGUUAGGCCACCCCAAGACAAAUUGUUCCCUGGGCAGCUCACGACACAGCAUUAAAACAUCACACCAGCGUGGUGUGGUGGUUAGAGUGCUGGACUAGGACCGGGGAGACCCGAGUUCAAAUCCCCAUUCAGCCAUGAAACCUGCUGGGUGACUCUGGGCCAGUCACUUCUCUCUUAAGUAUGUAGUGCUCUGGGCUCCCUGGAGGAAGAGCGGGAUAUAAAAUGUAUAAAAUAAAAUAAAUAAAUAACACACCAAGAAACACACACAUCAAACCCCAGUUUGUUGGAUCAAGAAAAAGUGAGGAAGCAGCUAUGAGCGUAUGCACUCUUUACUCCCUAUGAGUCAGGCUAAAUGGAAAGAUUUUUGGUUCCUCAAACUGCAGUUUCCUGUGGUGUAUGCACAGAGGAUCUGGGGUUUAAGCAAUCCCAGUGAACCAGAAUAUUGAAUCAUCCUAGUGUGACACCCUGAUUUGUAGGGAUUGUUUAAGGUUCUGUUUCCCAAUUUUAAGAUCACAGGAAACUGGUUUGACAAACCAAGACGUUUCCCAUUAGUCUGUUACACGGGAGGAGGGAACAGCCAAGCUUGUCAGCUCUACUGUGGUUUGUUGGACUGUCUGAAUUUGCUCACUCUCUGGCACUUAAUUGUGCGUCUUCUGCAGUUUCCUUUUUUGUACUGAAUUGCUGAAUAGUAUAGUAGUGACCUUGUUACUCUGAUAUAUUGAAAUUGCCCCCCUCUCCUUUCACGAUUGCAAGGUACUGUUUCCCUCUACUAAAUAUAUUUAAAAUAUUUUCCCCAAAUUACUGUUGAGCUCUUGGAUGACAAGGCACUUAACUGUGUUCUUCCUUUGGACCAACAUUUACUUGUUUAUAUACAGUUAAAUAAUAAUCCAGAGCCAGGUUGACCUGAUGGCUAGAGUUCUGAGUCUGAGAAAUGCAGGUUCAGAGUGGUCUUGGAUACAUUUUUCUCUCCAUAUCUCAGCCUAACCUGCCACACAGAUUUGGCGUGAUAUGAGAAGGGCUGGUAUGUGUCGAAAUUUGAAGGUACGGAGCGUUAAGAUAAAAAAUGUGAGACAUAUUUGGGCGGGAGGGGGGGCAUGAUAAAACCAGCACUAUGCAGCUUGCUUUUUCUUAGAAAGUUGUAUCUCCCCUCCCUGCUUUUGGGAAUUGGCCUCUAAUUGUUAGGAAACAUAGGAAGCUGCCAUAUACUGUCAGAACAUCGGUCCAUCUAGUUCAGUAUUGUCUACACAGACUGGCAGCAGCUUCUCCAAGGUUGCAGCCAGGAAUAUCUCUCUCUUGAAGAUGCUGCCAGGGAGGGAACUUGAAACCUUCUGCUCUUCCCAGAGCGGCUCCACCCCCCCCGAGGGGAAUAUCUUACAGUGCUCACACCUCUAGUCUCCCAUUCAAAGGCAACCAGGUGGACCCUGCUUAGCUAAGGAGACAAGUCACGCUUGCUACCACAAGACCAGCUCUCACAAAAUCCUUUUGUGAUUUUUUUUUCUGUUUUGAAUUGCCUUUGUCAGCUGAUAUUUUCGUAGUGAUUUUGGUUGUUUUGACUUCUGUAAUAAUAAUAAUAAUUAUAAUAUAAUAAUAAAAGUGGGGGGAAAUAUUGGGAAAUGCUCUUUGAGGGAAAUGUAUUUUUAAAAUUUAAAAUCAUAUUUGUUUACAUGUGCAUCUCGUUACUUUAUGCCAGCAAUAAACAUUUAUAAUAUUUCAACAAUGAA